AUACUAACAAUUAUGUGCUCAUGAUCAAAGUAGUCGUCCUUUGCUCCGAUUCUCUAACUAAAUGUUUCAUUGAUACAAUUUAAAACUGGCUUGUCUAUAAGUUCUACUAAUAAUGCCUUUCUUUACUUCUCAUCUUUCCCAGUUAUACUUUGAAUCCUGCAAGGCAAAACAUGGGGUUUUCACCACUGUGCCUCUCUCAAUCUCUCUCUUUCAUUCUGUUUCUCUUCCAUUUCCAUUCAACAAUUUCAUCUCCACUCUCCUCAAAUUACCAAUCUCUUUCUCUCCUUCAAUUCAAACAAUCCUUCUCCAUUAGUAGAUCUGCUUCAUCGGAGUACUAUUGUCAAUAUCCCUUUCCAAAAACAGAGUCAUGGAAAGAGGGUACAGACUGCUGCUUGUGGGAUGGGGUCUCUUGUGACCUGAAAACCGGGCAUGUCACUGCACUGGACCUCUCUUGCAGCAUGCUUUACGGCACCCUCCUUCCCAAUAAUUCUCUCUUCUCUCUCCAUCAUCUUCAACAGCUCGACCUCUCUUUCAAUGAUUUCAACUCCUCCCAUAUUUCUUCUCGAUUUGGCCAGUUCUCCAAUCUAACACAUCUUAACCUAAGUUCUUCAGAUCUUGCAGGCCAAGUUCCAUUAGAAGUCUCUCACCUCUCCAAAUUGGUUUCACUUGAUCUCUCUUGGAACUACGAUCUAAGUCUAGAACCAAUUUGUUUUGACAAGCUUGUUCGAAACCUAACCAAGCUUAGAGAACUCGAUUUGAGUUCCGUAGACAUGUCUCUGGUUGUACCCAGUUCCUUGAUGAAUCUGUCCUCUUCUCUGUCAUCACUCAAACUCAAUGACUGUAGAUUGCAAGGAAAACUCCCAUCCUCAAUGGGGAAAUUUAAGCACCUGCAGUACUUGGAUCUUGGAGAGAACAAUCUUACUGGUCCAAUUCCAUAUGAUUUUGAGCAACUCAGUGAGUUGGUUUCCCUUCAUCUCUCUUCCAACAAUUAUCUAAGUCUAGAACCAAUUUCUUUUGACAAGAUUGUUCAAAACCUAACCAAGCUAAGAGAUCUCGCUCUGGGUUCUGUAAAUAUGUCUUUGGUUGCACCUAAUUCCUUGACGAAUCUGUCCUCUUCUUUGUCAUCUCUUUCCCUUUGGGGUUGUGGAUUGCAGGGGAAAUUCCCGGGUAACAUCUUUCUCCUCCCAAACCUUGAAUCACUGGAUCUGUCAGACAACAAGGGCCUCACUGGCUCUUUUCCUUCGUCCAAUUUGAGUAAUGUUCUCUCUCGGUUGGGUCUUUCUAAUACCAGAAUUUCAGUUUAUUUAGAAAACGACUUAAUCAGUAAUCUAAAGUCAUUAGAAUAUAUGUAUCUUAGUAAUAGUAAUAUUAUAAGGUCAGAUUUAGCCCCGCUUGGUAAUCUUACACAUCUCAUUUAUUUAGACCUCUCAGUUAAUAAUUUAAGCGGUGAGAUCCCAUCGUCACUUGGAAACCUUGUACACCUCCAUUCCUUGCUUCUCGGUUCUAAUAAUUUUGUGGGUCAAGUUCCAGAUUCUUUGGAUAGCCUUGUCAAUCUUUUAUAUUUGGAUUUAUCAAAUAAUCAAUUAAUAGGCUCUAUCCAUUCUCAAUUAAAUACCCUUUCAAAUCUACGAUCUCUAUAUUUAUCCAAUAACUUGUUCAAUGGAACAAUACCAUCCUUUUUGUUAGCUCUUCCUUCUUUACAGCAUCUUGAUCUUCAUAACAAUAAUCUCAUAGGCAAUAUAAGUGAACUCCAACACUAUUCAUUGGUAUCCCUUGAUUUGAGCAAUAACCACUUGCACGGUACAAUCCCAAGUUCGGUUUUCAAACAACAGAACUUGGAAGUCCUUAUUCUUGCGUCCAAUAGUGGAUUGACAGGUGAGAUUUCUUCUUUUAUUUGCAAGCUGAGAUUCCUUCGGGUCCUGGACUUGUCCAACAGCAGCUUUAGUGGUUCUAUGCCACUAUGUUUGGGGAACUUCACCAACAUGCUCUCGGUAUUGCAUCUAGGCAUGAACAAUCUUCAAGGCACCAUCCCUUCAACAUUUUCAAAGGAUAAUAGCUUGGAAUAUCUCAACCUCAAUGGAAAUGAAUUAGAAGGCAAAAUAUCACCGUCUAUCAUCAACUGCACAAUGUUGGAAGUUCUUGAUCUUGGCAACAAUAAGAUUGAGGAUACAUUUCCCUGCUUUCUAGAAACGCUUCCACGGCUGCAAAUUCUUGUCCUAAAAUCCAAUAAACUCCAAGGCUUUGUGAAGGGUCCGACUGCAUAUAAUUCCUUCUCUAAAUUACGGAUUCUUGACAUCUCUGACAACAAUUUUAGUGGGCCAUUGCCAACUGAAUAUUUCAAUAGUCUUGAAGCAAUGAUGGCCUCGGAUCAAAACAUGAUUUACAUGAGAGCAAGAAAUUACUCUAGCUAUGUCUAUUCCAUAGAAAUAACAUGGAAAGGUGUAGAAAUUGAGCUUCUCAAGAUACAAAGUACCAUCAGAGUACUUGAUUUGUCAAAUAACAAUUUCACGGGAGAAAUUCCAAAGGUGAUCGGAAAGCUUAAAGCACUCCAACAACUCAACCUCUCUCAUAAUUCCCUUACAGGUCAUAUCCAAUCAUCAUUGGGAAUUUUGGCCAAUUUGGAAUCAUUAGAUCUAUCUUCAAAUUUGCUUACCGGAAGGAUUCCAAUGCAGCUGGAGGGUCUAACAUUUCUUGCAAUCCUAAACCUUUCACAUAACCAACUCGAGGGGCCAAUACCAAGUGGAGAGCAAUUCAACACCUUUAAUGCAAGCUCAUUUGAAGGAAACUUGGGUUUAUGUGGAUUUCAAGUACUAAAAGAAUGCUACGGUGAUGAGGCACCAUCAUUGCCGCCAUCAUUGCCGCCAUCAAGCUUUAAUGAAGGAGAUGAUUCAACAUUGUUUGGAGAUGGAUGUGGAUGGAAAGCUGUGACAAUGGGGUAUGGAUGUGGGUUUGUGUUUGGAGUUGCAACGGGAUACUUUGUGUUUAGAACAAAAAAAUAUUUAUGGUUUCUUAGGAUGGUUGAAGAUAAAUGGAAUCUCGAGGUUAAUUGGGCAUUACUUCUAUGAAAAAGAAUCCAUGUAUGUAACAGGUUUGUGUUAACUAUAAAAUCAUUUAUGUUUUGGGACC